CUGUCAGCCUGCCACACAAUUCACACACUCACACACACACGUGCACCGGACACAAAACAAAGCAGAGAGAAGACAAAGACGCAUAAAAGGGGGUGAUUCACGAUGAAGCUGACACUGGCCUUGCUGUCGGACUUGUGCAACCAAGACUUGCGCACAGUCACCUCCAUCAACGCCUCCAACAAAGGCAUCACCGCCCUUGAAGAUGACAUCAGUCCAUGCGUGGAGCUGCGACGCUUCAACCUCUCUCGCAACAACCUCACAAAGACCACACCGCUCGGUGAUUUGAAACAGCUGUCGCUGUUGGACGUCUCACACAACUCGCUCCGCGCUAUCAAGGGCCUCACAAAGCUGACAAACCUCAUCACACUCAAGGCCAGCCACAACAACCUCGCCAGCAUCCAGCACGUCGCAGACGUUCGAAGCUUGAAGGCGCUUGUCGUGAACAACAAUCAGAUCAAGAGCAUCGAUGGUGUCAGACUCCUUGCUAAUCUCGACGCUCUCGUCGCCUCGCAUAACCUGAUUGAGGAGAUUGAUGCCAAGACGUUCAAUUCGCUCAAGGAGCUGCGCAAACUUGCACUCUCGCACAACAUGCUGCGUCAAGUGCCCAACCUGAAGGCGUGCACGAGUUUGAAGGAGCUGCGACUCAACAACAACAAAAUCACGGCCCUCCCAGAGGCGCUCAUGUUCAACUUGCACCUCUGUCUCCUCGAUGUCGGCAAGAACCUCAUUCGCUCCUUUGAUGACAUUGCUGUGUUGGGCCACCUCAAGUUCCUCACGAACCUCAAUCUGCGUGGCAACCCCAUCUGCGAGCUGGACGAUUACGCAACAAAGAUCCGAGCGCUUGUGCCGUCGCUGCAAGUGCUGGAUGGGAAGCCACUUGUGCCGAAGAAGACGCGCGGAAAGCGGUUUGCAGAGAAAAUGAAGAUUAAGCAGCACCAGCAGCACGGCAGCGGCGAUGGUGAUGGUGAUGGUGGUGACGGUGUGAGGAAUGCAGUUGGUCGGAAGGGUACAGAGGGAAAAGCGAGUGGUGCGAGGAAACAGCGCGGCGGGCAACGUGGCGCUGGUGGAGAUGACACUGCGGAGGAACAGAAGCAGCAGCACGCGAAGCGGCACAAGGCAGCAGACAGCAGCACCGACAGCAGCGGUGCUGGUGGAAGGCAUCAUCAGGAGAAGCAACAGCACAAGCAGCGCGGCAAGGACUCGAGGAGAAAAGGAGGUGACAGCCGUGACAAUGAAGAUAAGGAUGGUGGUGAUGGACACAUGGCCAAGCGGGCAAAGCUAGGCAAACAGGUGCAACAGCAGCAGAAAAGGAGAGGAGAAGAGCAAAGGGAAGUUGGGACAAAGGGAGAGAUGAAGGCGGAUGACAAGAAAGCGGCCAACAAGAAGACGCAGAGCAGUGCUGCGCAACACAGCAGUGACGGGGCGACACUGAGAGGCGAAGCAGGCGACCAGGAGAAGGACGACAAGCGUGCUGCUGCUGAUGACGCUGCAACUGCUGCAGAUACGGAGAGAAGUGAAUCUGCAUCAAAGGAGCUGGACAAGAAGGCAAUCGAACUCAAUGUGAACAACCCUGUCAAGUCUGGCAUUCUUGCAGUGAGGCCUGGCAAGGCGCUGCUGAAGAAGAACAAGAAGGGCAGGAAGGACAAGCAAGGGCAGAAGGGCAAGAAGGGCAAGAAGAAAAAUGCUGGUGAUGCGGAUGGGAAGAAGACGGUGUUGACGGAGGAGGACUUUGUGGCCGUUGAUCCUCUUGCCAGCGUUGGCCAGUGGUAGUUGUGUGUGUGUGUGUGUGGAUUUGUGUGUGUGUGUGCAUCUGUGUGUGUGUGUGUGUGUGUGUGCAUCUGUGUGUGUGCCUGUGGAUUUGUUCUGGCAUGCGUUCUUGCAAGCAUUUACGUUGUUCAUUUCCGUAGUGCACUUGUUCUGUGCACAUCUCACGCUUGCGUAUUAUCCUCUGCAACAGUUGGCGCGUGCUUUCGUGUGCUGUUGCUCUUGAACGUCUGUACUAAUCGUGUGGUAUUUGGCGCACCUCCAUUGAACCAUGCAACGACACUGCACAAGUGUGUCACGUGUGUCGUUGUGGGAGUUGUGUGCCCUCGCUUGCUCGUCUUCAAGGCAGUCGCUGACGCGUCUUUCAUCGUGUCUUUGUGACAUGACAUGAGAUGACAUCCUUGCUUCUGGCUGUUUUUUUCUUGCUUCUUGUGUGUAUUCCACAACCAUUCAUGUCCAUGCACAUUAAAAUGCACAAUCGACUUCAUACAAUACACAUGCGCGCACCCUCUGCGUCUUUCCUCAAUCAAUACAC